UUUACAUGAGGGCGCAAUGAUCAACAUCUCUCCUUUCACGUGUUAAGUUUCAUAGCAAUAAUUCUCUCUCGCCGCUACAUGACGUCAGUAGGGGAGCUAUGCCGCCCAGGAAAGGCACCCAACCCUGGUCUCCUCUCGCCGUCUGGUUUAUAAGACUCUUGUUUCUUGUCUUGGUCGUGAAUGCCUUGUGGCUCUGGCUGGGGAAAGACGGCACACUGCUACAACAUGCCUUCUACACGACAACCUCCAAGAAAACCGUCGUACGACAGAGAAUAUCGUCUAACAGAACUUCUCGCCUUCCAGUAUUCAACAAUUGUUGCAGGGGAAACACGGACUCUUUGUCCGUCGCGAUACAGAAGAUGAACAGUUCACAGUGGAGGUUUAACAAAACAGCAAUAGAUAUCUUCAGGCGAGAUCUUUUAGAGAUCAGUCACUUCCACGAAUAUUUCACAGCAACGAAGAAGAAUUCCCCACUGAACUCUCUUAUGUACUUCUUCGAGAAGAACAAGAAAGUUCGAAUCCCAGUCUCAGGACCUGUCUGGUUUAGAUUGCCAAAGGAGCUGCCUUUUUCCAAAGACGACAGAUUCAACACAUGUGCCGUGGUCGGUAACAGUGGCAUCCUGAAAAACAGCAAAUGUAGCAACAGAAUAGACUCUUCCGACUUGGUUAUAAGAUGUAACUUCGCUCCAGUUGACGGGAACUACACUGAAGAUGUUGGUAGAAAAACUGGACUGAUGACGCUAAACCCGUCCAUUCUCAUACACACGUAUAAAUGGUUGUUAAUGAGAAGAGACCAGGACAGGUUUCUGAGGGACAUGGGUCACUAUGGCAACGCACUUGUUUACACCAACCCAUUCCACUUCAGGGAGGUGACUGACAUUGUUAUUAAGGCAGACUUGUUAGCUCGUCACAGACACGCCCGACAGAAGCUGUACUUCUCCCACCCUACAUACCUGGAGGGGGUGACAGAGUUCUGGCGAAGGAGGAACGUCACAGAGAGAAGACUAUCCACGGGUUUGUUUCUCACGAGUGCCGCCCUAGCGUUGUGCAGCCAAGUGCAGCUGUACGGAUUCUGGCCGUUCUCUACAGACAGACAAGGCAGCACCAUCCCCUACCACUACUACGACAAGAGCAGCAUCAACUCCAUGGUGCACAACAUCUCGGAAGAAUUUGGACACCUACUGCAGCUGUAUAGGGAGGGAAUCGUCAACAUCACAACGCACCCUUGUGAGAGUCACCCGAACUCCAGCAAAUUAAGUGCCUAACAUUAGCCAGGACAAUCU